AUGCAAAUCAAAUAUCAAGCAAUCAUACUUGGAGGUGGACAAAAAGCUGGAAGCAUGUUAUUUCCACUCUGCCAAGAUUAUUCCAAAAGUCUCUUGCCAAUAUGCAAUAAACCAAUGAUUCUCUACUAACUAGAUUUAUUGGAAACAGCUGGAUUUGGACCAUAAGACAUCUUAAUUUUGUUAACUAAAAAUCAUUAAGCUGUAGCUGAUUUAGUUUAGAGAAGAGCAGAAAUAUUUUAUGUUAGCGAAGAUUCUGAAUCAGGAUCUGCAUUAUUGGAAGCACAUGAAAAAAUAAAGAAGGAUUUCAUACUUCUGUCUUGUGACAGUAUGAUCGGAGCCAAUAUCUUAGAUUUGUUGGAUUUUCACUAUUCAAAAAAAGCAACUAUCACUUGUUUGAUUAAGGAAGAAGACUUAGAUAAAAAAUAAGGAAGAGCUCCCAUUUCUUGCAAUCUAGACGAAUCUUUCGAUAUCAUGUUUAUAGGUUCCGAUCAGAGCCUGUUACAUAUCACUAGUCAAGAAGAUGAUGAUCAAGUUAAUCUUUAAGUGAGUCGAAAUGUUCUAUUAAGUUGCUAGAGUGUACAAAUAAUGACCAAUUUAUUUGAUACUCACGUCUAUGUUUGUCAAUAUGAAGUACUCGAAUUGUUUCAAAAACUAAGUAAAUAAGAAUUAGAAAUUUAAAAUUGGAGAUUAGAAUUCUUGCCCUAUAUCAUAAAACAUUAGAAGAAUGUGAAUUUGCUAAAUUUGAUGUCCAAAAAAGAGUAAGGACUCUUCAAUGAAAGAAAACAAUAGCAGUUCUCUAUUAAAGUGUUCAUCACUUAAGACUAUGCAAGAAGAUUGAACAACAUCAAAGAUUAUCAAUAAGCCAAUUAUGAAAGCAUGAUAAAAGGAAAUAAAGGAAUUUCACUCUAUUAAACUGUACAAGAUUUCCAAAUCCAAAAUUAAUACCCUCAAGAUGCUCGUAUUAGUCCUGACACAGUCAUUGGUGAAGGAACGAGAAUUGGCAAUAAGGUUACCAUUCAGAGAUCAAUUAUUGGCAAGAAUUGCACCAUUGGAGAUCAUGUUAAAAUUAGUAAUUCCAUUAUUAUGAAGAAUGUAGUCAUUAAUUCUAAUUGUAUCAUCCAACAUUGCAUUUUGUCAAAUGAAUCGGCUGUUGGACAUGCGACUGAAUUGAAUAAAUGCAAUUUGGGGACUUUGGCAUCUGUUGAGCCCAAUCAGAAGUUAGUGGAUGAAUGUAUAAUUAGGUGA